AUGGCGUCCGCAGGCCAAAAGAAAGAGGGAGGGGCUUCGCAAGCCUUCCGCUCCUUCCGGCCACUGCGGGUCCUUGGCACGGUUAUCGUCGUCUACGAAAUUCCCGGCGCUAGGACCCAGGGGAACACUCCGUACAGCCGACCCAGGCAGCUUGUAACGGUGUGGUUGUGGGCGGAAGUAGGUCCGGCUGGCGUGAGGAGGAAGGGGGGGUUGGACUUAGUGCGCGUGUGCGGAGGCUCGCGAGCCCUGAGGAGAGUACGGGAGCCGAGAGGAGGAGAAUGGCCGUGGAGUGAGGGGAGGAGGAGGCUGCUGCGCGUGCGGGGCGCGCAGUUUGGGCGGUUGGAGGCAGGGCGGAGUCCUGGUCGGCCUCUCUCUCUCUCUCUCUCUCUCUCUCUCUCUCCCCAGCUGCUGGGAGGAGGCGAAGGCGGAGGCGGCGCCGCCUUCCUUCUCUUCCUGCCUUCCUUCCUUCCUUGCCUUCUUCCUCCGGCGGGACUCUGCCCCUCCGGCUCCCCUCGACGUUGUGAUUGGGCAGAAGAUGGCGCCGCGCGGAUGGAAAUCCUAAUGACAGUCUCCAAAAUCGCCUCCAUCUGUACCAUGGGCGCUAAUGCCUCGGCCUUAGAGAAAGAAAUUGGUCCAGAACAGUUUCCAGACAACGAACACUAUUUUGGUUUAGUAAAUUUUGGAAAUACAUGCUACUGCAAUUCAGUUCUUCAGGCACUUUAUUUUUGUCGUCCAUUUCGAGAGAAAGUCUUGGCAUACAAGAGUCAGCCUAGGAAAAAAGAGAGCCUUCUCACCUGCUUAGCUGAUCUCUUUCAUAGCAUAGCCACUCAGAAGAAGAAGGUUGGAGUGAUACCUCCUAAAAAGUUCAUAACAAGACUGCGAAAAGAGAACGAGCUCUUUGACAACUACAUGCAGCAAGAUGCACAUGAGUUUUUAAACUACCUGUUGAAUACUGUAGCAGACAUUUUACAAGAAGAGAGAAAACAGGAGAAGCAAAAUGGUCGUCUGCCAAAUGGCUGUAUUGACAGUGAAAACAAUAACAGUCUGCCAGACCCAACAUGGGUUCAUGAAAUAUUUCAGGGAACAUUAACAAAUGAAACAAGAUGUCUCACUUGUGAAACAAUAAGCAGCAAAGAUGAAGACUUCUUAGAUCUUUCUGUUGAUGUGGAGCAAAAUACGUCAAUUACACACUGUUUAAGGGGUUUCAGCAAUACAGAAACUCUGUGCAGUGAAUAUAAAUAUUACUGUGAAGAGUGUCGCAGUAAACAGGAAGCACACAAAAGGAUGAAAGUGAAAAAACUGCCCAUGAUUCUGGCUCUCCAUCUGAAGAGAUUUAAAUAUAUGGAUCAGCUACAUCGAUAUACAAAACUUUCUUACAGGGUAGUAUUUCCCUUAGAACUUCGUCUGUUUAAUACAUCAGGAGAUGCCACUAAUCCUGACAGAAUGUAUGAUCUUGUGGCUGUGGUAGUUCACUGUGGAAGUGGACCUAACAGAGGACACUAUAUUGCAAUUGUGAAGAGUCAUGAUUUUUGGUUGCUUUUUGAUGAUGACAUUGUAGAGAAAAUAGAUGCACAAGCUAUCGAAGAAUUCUACGGGUUGACAUCAGACAUCUCAAAGAAUUCAGAGUCUGGUUAUAUCCUUUUCUAUCAGUCUCGGGAUUGACUGCGUCUCUAGUGAAAAGUGACUUCCUGCCUUCUCUUUUCUGGAGGAAAGAAGAAAA